GUCCACGCACCGCGGCGCUGGCGAAGGCUCGGGCGCGGCGGGAGUUGGGGGGCGCAGGGACCCCAGGGCCACGGGUUUCCGGGGAGCAGCUGAGCUGCGCAAGGGCGCGCCGGGGGCGAGUCUGGGCCGCGCACCACUCCGCGGUCUCCUAGCGACCCGACCGGCUGGAAACGCGCCCUACCCAAAGCCGAGCGGGCAGCCGGGCACCAUGGCUGACCGCAGAGUACGGUUCCCGCCCGCAGCGCGGGCCCGGGUGCCGGUGAGCAUCAGCUUCGGGCCCCGGUACACCGAGAAUCUGGCUUCCAAGUGCUUCCCAAAGCAUAAGGGCGGGCCGCCGGGUCCCACCUCCCUGAGCAGCCGGCGCUGGAGAUUUGUGACAACCGAGCUGGAUGACUUCCGGGAAGGCUGCUCGCCCUGCCGAGGUCUGAUCACCCAGGGCCUGGACAAGGGCUUCUUCCUCCCGAUUUAUCACAGAGCUCCCCGCCCCGCCGGGAAAAGGAGGCAGAACUCGCUGCGCAGGGAAGCAGCCCUGGGUUCCAGGCUCUCACCAGCCCGGCAGGCGCGGAAGGCGUUCCUGGCGGACGUUGAGGCGCAGCUGUCCCCGCACCCCUUGGCCCUCUACCCGGACCUGGAAGAAGACCUGCCUGCAGAGCUCUUAUUAAAGGUGCUGGACGUGCUGGAUCCUCAUAGGAAGCUGGAGGACACGUGGGCUUCUUGUCAGGGCAUCAAGAAAAGACCGAAGGAAAACACAAAACAUUUAAAAAAACGUUCUAGCCAAGUCUACCUGGAACCUCUCCAGAAGACUCCUGUGUCACAUCCAUGCCAAUGGCUUUAUGAAGAAAAGAAGCCCAGUGAAAUAGAUUCGCUCCACAAAAUGGGUCCACUUCUUCAUGAAAAUGUACGCAGAGGAGUUAGUGACUUCUGCAACUGGGCUGCUGAUUUUGGCAGCCCGAGCAUUGAUGAGGAGUUCAUCCUGAAACAGUUUGAAAUUGACUCUCAGAGCAAACCAAGCUAUAAUGUGCUCCACGCAGUGAGACCCAACCAGGUACCUCUGGAGCUAAAGAAAAGGAUCGGGCUAAAUAAACUGCAGGGGCCACAGUUCUUCCAGAAACUUGACUAUGAGCAGAGACUUCAGAAACCACAGAAUUCUCAUAAACCAAAGUGGGUGAAGAUGAGAUACGGAGCAUGGUAUCUGAACACCAAGUUGUGGAAAAAGCAAAGGGCCGAUGAACCUUUGUUGGACCCCAAAGUCUUAGGUAGAGCUCAGGAUGAGAAUCUGGCAAAGGAGCUACGGGAACAGGAGGAGUUACUUGCAGACCUUCGUGGAACGGUUGCCUUUAAGGAUUUCAUUAUGAGCAGAGGCUACAGGAUGCCGAGGUUCCUGGAGAAGAUAUAUAUGAGGAAGGAAUAUAAAUGUGAAUGUAACAAGACUCCCGUAAAAUAACUCCAGCUUAGAAGAAUUCGGGAAGAUGAUUAGACAGAUUCCAUUUAUUACAUACUUGGCUAUUUCUAUCAUUAAAAAUUAAACAAAAUUCCCGCAUUGCUGUGGCUCU